UGACGUGGGUAUGUGACCCGGAUGACGUGGGUUCGGUUUCUAGAACAGAUCUUUCUCACAAGAGGAUUUUCCACAGUCGCCUUGUUUCAUAUCGUUUAAUGGCAAUUUAGGCAAACUGGUCCGGUGUCACUGAACGAAUAUACAUAACCAAUCUUUUUUUUAUUAUUAUUAAUCUCGGAAACUGUCCGUUGUUUACGGGUUUAAAUGUAACCUCCAGCAGCGGAUCAGAUAUGGCGAACAGCUGCUGAAGGGAGUUGAUUUCAUCGAAGGUUUCCUCUCGUUUCGCUUCUCCUUCCUUCAAUACUCGGGUGGUUUUAACGGCAGGACUGAUUUGAGCUGAUUUACAGACUGUUUUUACGGGUAAAAAGGCUGCCUGAGGUUAGUUUUUGCCGAUUGGUAGCGUUAAGUGCUAGCUAUAGCUAAUAUCUAAGUGAGCUGUGGACAGGUGACGUCAGGGAUCAUGGAUUUCGACAGCGUGCUGUCCAUCGCCUCCCAAAACCAAGGCCUCAGCAGCGUAUCGAAGCGGUAUAGCCUGAAAACCGGUCCACCCAAGAAAGAUGACAGAGUCAAGGGAGUAAAUUCGUCUGCGGUGCAGGCCUUCUUGAAAAAACAGGCCAUGGAGCAAAAGAAAAAAGAAAUACAGAGUAAGAAAGCAAAAGAGGAACUGCUGGCCAAAAGAGUAGAGCUGAAAUCAGAUAGGAAGGCAAGAGCAAUGGCUUCCCGAACGAAGGACAAUUUCAGAGGUUACAACGGUAUCCCUGUCAUAGACCAGCCCAAAAAGAAGCGGUCAAAGGGGGAGAGAUCGGGAGAGCAGCAAACAUCGAACGAUGAUGAUGACGAUGAUGACUGUGAUAAUUACGAAUAUGAAGGAACGGAUUCUGAAUCUGAAGAACAAAGCAUGCCUGUUAAGCCUCUGUCUCGGCCUGAAUCCUCCAACAAAGUCAUCAGCAAACCAAAAAAACACAGUGCUCCAGCAAGGCCCCCUCCAUCAUCAAUGAACUUUGCGGACCUCUUGAAACUUGCGGAAAAGAAGCAAUUUGAACCUGUUGAAUUGAAAGUAGUGAAGAAGACCGAAGAGAGGCUUAGAACAGCCGAGGAGAUUCGAGAACUCGAAAUGGAGCGCAGAGUCAAGAAUCAGGAUAGAGGGAAAGAAGCUAAACCAGACAAGAAUUCAGGACACAAAGACAGCCGUUCCCAAUCCAGCUCAAAUUCACAUAAGAAGAAUGUAGAACGAGAUGGCAAAAUUGGGAAAUUGCCCAAGCCUUCAGGGGAAAAGUACCAGUCUUGUAGUACCAGCAAAAAGCCAAAGCUUCAAUCAUCCAGUGAAAGAAUUCCAAGUUCUGCCAAACUACACGGAGACAGAAACUCAGGCUCUUCAGGUGCCUUAAGUGGUAAAGCUGCCAUGAAGAACAGUGCUCCAAUUCAAUUGAAACCAGCACCAUCCAGACCCUUACAAGGCCAAAGGCCCACAACCUCAAGUGACCUUACCCCAAAGAAGGGGAUUACCUCAUUACCUCAAAGGAAACAAAGUAUUUUGGAAAGUCGUCCUGGAGUAGCUCCCGGUGCAGCUAGACCAAGUCAAGCACCACACAAAAACUCUGGACAAGUUAGACCUAGUCUAUCUGGUGUCCCAACUCAGAAACUAGCUAAACCAGGACAUUUAUCACGACCUGGGAGCAAUGGACAUGUACUUGUUCCCUCUUCCGGUGACCCCACAAAGCAACCAAGACCAGGUGGUAGUUUGCCAGGUCAGCAGAUUCCUGGAAGAUCCAAGGCCACCAUAAAUGGACCAAGCAGAAUGGGAGGUAGCGUUUCUGGGAGACCGGGAAACAUCAUGGACUCUGGCCCUGGAAGAUCUCAGUGUACUGUUGUUUCAGAGACUAUUUCAUCUAAGAACUUUGUACCGAGACCUGGGAUGGUUCCGAGACCUGGGAUGGUUCCAAGACCUGGGAUGGUUCCAAGACCUGGGAUGGUUCAAAGACCAUCAGGACCUCAGGGCCCCAGGACAGUGAUUGGCCCUUCAGGCCACAGAGUCCUGGUUAAACCUCCUGGACCAGUGUUGCCCCCCAUAACAUCCAGUUAUAAACGAAAGUAUGAGGAAGAGGAAGAGUACGACUCCGAGAUGGAUGACUUCAUCGACGACGAAGAAGGAGAACAAGAUGAAAUUUCCAAACAUAUCAGGGAAAUAUUUGGCUAUGACAAGACCAAAUAUAAAGAUGAAAGUGACUAUGCACUGAAAUUUAUGGAGAGCAGCUGGAAAGAACAGCAGAAAGAAGAAGCGAGGAGUUUACGCCUGGGCAUCAAGGAGGAUGAAGAGGACAUGCGUUUGGAGGAGGAGGAGAUGAAAAGGAGACUAGCGAUGAAAUCGAAGCAGAAGAAGAUUUAGUUUACCUUGCUUGACUGAUCUCGUCUUGUUUGGUUGGGAAGAACAGAGUGGAAUGGAAAUGCCUUCCUUGUGCCGCUGAUGUUGUUACACUAUUUAUUUGAAUGCCCAAGCCAUGGGAGCAGGUUUGCACUACCAAGAGCCCAUCUGACAUAGCUGAGCUUCGGAGAAUAUAAUAUAUGAAAUGAAUAUCUGAGAAUCACGAUAGCAUUUUUUGUAUCUGUAGAAAUCAUGAUAGUAUAUCUAUGUGGAUGCCUUACUCAAGCGCCAACUUCCAGAUUGGUCCUGAUUUAGGGAGAGUUAUUUUAUAACUUGUACUAUAUAAUUGGUGAAAAAGACAGACGCCUGCCAUUUUUCCAAUGUAUUUUUUUGUUAAAGUGAUUUGACAGA